GAUAGAUCAAGACGAAGCUGUUUUCAAUCUUUGAGAAGAUCGUGUUCAAAUGCAGCUCCGGUUUCGCUUUGGAUCUGUCGUCGCCACGAGGAUCAUGAACGAAGUCGCGUUGAUCCUCCAUGUCAGUCUAGGUGUGUAUGUUGUAUGAUUCUGCGCGGUGUUGUGACAUGGUAUGUGACCGGCCGAACGACCAUGAAGGCCUUUUUUCACCUCUCCCUACUCUGCACUUUCUUCACCUUUCGUCUGGUGUUGUUUUCCAAAAACUUUGAACUGGUGUUUUCGGAAACUACUCCCGAAAAAGACGCCAGUCUAACCAGCAGUGACAAGGCCACCACUUCUUCUAAGGGUUCGUCGAAGAAGGAGUCCUCGAUAAGAAAGGGGAAGACGAGGAAAAAGACCCGCAAUUCUCAGCUCCCGGAUUCAUCGACGAGCAAUAUGGCCAUCUUCCGCAGGAAACACCAUCGAGUCCAGCAUCUUCCGCAGGAAACACCAUUAGCAAUAUGGUUCCAUCGAGUCCAGCAUCUGGGCCAUCUUCCGCAGGAAACAUGA